UUCUGUCAAACAAUCAAUUACAAAAACAACAAUCAUGGCAGACAAGAAGGAAAAAAUUGCUGCUGCUCGAAAAAAGCUCAAGCAGUAUCAAUCGAAGCAAAAGACCGAGAGUUCCGGCAAAAGCGAAGGUGAUUCCGCAAGGGAAACUCCAGUUCCAGUGCCUAGUAGUAAUAACAACACAGGCGCACCUUCUCCUUCGCCAUCCCCCGCCGAAGAUGACAUCCAGAAUCAGAACCACUUGCCGAAAGAAGAAGUGUUGUCAUCGGGACAACCUUCGUCCUACAGUGUGUCCAAUUACUUCAGCAAUAACGCCAUGCCAGAUUUCCUGGCUAUGGAACCGCAGGUCGCCCAACCAGAACCGGCAGCCAUGGAUGUGAGCGUUCACAGCAUAAAUCGAAUAUCGGAGGAAAUUGGCCACCUGAUUGCCAAUGCCAGUGCGGAUUUGGGACCGCAGAACACGAUACUGGAGCUGGAAUCGGAGAAGGCGGAACUUUCGCGAGUGAUGAACGCUCAAAAGUUGGAGAACGAUGAACUGCGUUUAAGGCUGCGGAAUAAUCAAUCUUUGGUCGAGGAAUUGAAGAAUGAGAUCGAUAAAUUGAAGCUGGAGAAUAGCACUAAGGUGACCAGUGAGCUGGGACCAAUCCAGGAACAACUGCAGAUGCAGAUUCAAGCGGUUGGGGUUCUGGUCGGAGAGAAGGCUGAACUGACGGCAACCGUCAGUAAGUAUCAAAGUUUGGUUAAGGAGAAAUCGACGGAGAACGAUGAGCUUCAAAAUCGAUUGAAGGCAUCAAGAGCGACAGUCCAAAAGUUGGAGAAAGAGCUCGAAGGAAUAAAGCUCUCUGGGUCGAGAUUUGAAGAAUUGGAAAGAACGAUAGGAGCUCAGUUGAAUGAGUAUCAAGAAGAGGCGAACAAGUUCAAGAAACUAUAUGAAGACCUCCAGGAAGAUUUGAGCGAGGUGAAGCAGAAGUCAGUAGUACGCAAUGAAGAAUUACAAUCACUCCAGAAAGAGCUUGAACAAACAAGAUCGGAACUGAGCCUAUCCAAGCUGCGAAUCCAGCAGCUCUCCUCAGAUGACGAUCAGGAUUUCAAUGCCAAAAUUGAAUCCUUGAGUCAGCAAAACCUAAUCAAAUCGCAACAGAUAAAAGAUUUGCAGAACAUUAUCAAUCAAAUCGGAAACGAGCGGGACCAGAGCAACCAACAAUAUCAAAACUACGUGCUUCAUCUGAAUCGCGAAGUGGCCAACUUGGCGGACAAGAUUCAGGAGCUGACCGAGGAGAACAAUCGACUGUCUUCGCGCGAGGACAACCUGGUGCGACACGUAGGCGAACUGGAGAGGCAAAUUCAGCAACAGUUAACGAAGCAACAGACCUAUGCGGCGCAGCAGAACGAAUCGGCUGAGAAUGAUGAACAGAAGGUGGCACUGGAAGCGGAAGUCAAACUGCUGAGGGAGAAAAUAUCUGCGAUGGAGUCGGAACGAGCGGAAAACACGACGCAUCACGAUUCAGUCGAACAACUCCAACGGAAGUACGACGAGAAAGUGGCAUUGGGCGAACAGAAAAUAGCUGAACUGCAGUUAGCUUUGGAACGGUUACAACUGGAAAAACCAGAUGUGGCUAAGCUAAUGGCUGAAAUUGAAAGCGGGAAGGUCGGUGCAUCCAGAGCAGUUGCGCAGAAUAUGGAACUGAAGGCACAGUUGGAAGAGAUGCAGAAGGCGUUUGUGCAAAUUAGUAACGACAAACUAGAACUUACCGACAAGCUACAAACUGAACUCCAUCUGGGUAAGGAAAUGAAAGCCACCUACGGUCAGCUGGAAGAGGAACUGAAUUCAAUUCGUGAGAAACUUCACUACAAGGACGAGGAAAUGAUUCGGUUGGCGCACGAGACUACCGAACUACACAAGCAGAUUUUGCAGCAGAAUCAAGAGAUCGAUCGGUUACGGUAUUAUGAGUCACGUGCAAACGAUUCCAGCACUCUUCAGACAGAAUUACAGCGUGCUCAACAACAACUGCAACAGUUGCAGCAGAACCAUCACGAAGUGAUUACGAAUGUUGAGAAUACCGAUCAUCAUCAUCACCAUGAGUGCAAUAGUCACGAUCAACAUCAACAUGAAGAACAACCGCACGAUCUUCACAGGGAAAUUGACACACUGAGGCAGGAAAAAGCUGAACUUGUGAAUGCCAUCAACAGUUUGCAAAACAGAUCUAAACCCACACCGGUCCACGAUAUCACUGGUGAUAAUCACGUGGAUAAGCAAGACGGCAUCAGCGAUAGUGUUUCUACCGUGAGCAUUCCCACGCAUGAAGCUAUGGAGAAGCUUCAGGAGCGUUUCAAGCGGACCAUGCUGGAGGUGGCCGAGCUAACCGACGAGAAACAACGGCUGGAACAUUUGGUUAUGCAACUGCAAGGCGAAACGGAAACGAUUGGCGAGUACAUAACGCUCUACCAACAGCAGCGGCGAAUGCUGAAACAGAAAGACAUGGAGCGUGAUCUUCAACUGGAACAAUUGGCACACGAUCGCGAGAUGAUGAAACUGAAGCUCAAAGAGCUCAACUAUCUCGUACAUCAGCUGGUGAUAGAAAAGGGGGCAUCCAUACCGCGAACGCCGCCUAGUCCAUCGCCAUCCCUCGAUCAGUUGCGUCAUCAUCCACCGAUUGUCGAUCUACCAAUGUCUCCUAGUCCAACCAGCGCAUCGCCAGUGCCCAGUGAAAAUGGCGAAAACAACGAUGCGGCCAAGGUGCACAUCAGACCAACGGAAACAGCCGGAAGAAUUCUAUCGCUGCUAAGUGAUAUCAAGGAAGCAAACAUCCCUUACGGAAGCGGAGUGCAGCACUGUUCGUGCUGCUCCGGGCGGCUGGAAACCGUCUAGACCCAUCGAGGACAACCAUUACCAAACAAAAUCGCGUUACGACCUGCUGCAACGUCGAAUCUGACAAUGGAGGCAAGUAGCUUGUUAGAUUCCUUUUUUCGGACAGGUAGACGAGUGCUUUACAGUGCAACUGUGGUUAUUUUUAUACUUAAGCGAUAAUCUAGUAAACUUUUUAUUUCACUUUCCA